AUGGCUUCCAGGGAUGACGAAUAUGACUAUCUUUUCAAAAUUGUGUUAAUCGGUGAUUCUGGCGUUGGCAAGAGCAAUUUAUUAUCCAGAUUUACGCGGAAUGAAUUCAACCUCGAAAGCAAAACAACCAUUGGAGUUGAAUUCGCUACAAGGAGUGUAAAAAUUGACGACAAAACUAUCAAAGCCCAAAUAUGGGACACUGCUGGGCAGGAACGUUACCGUGCUAUUACUUCAGCGUACUAUCGUGGAGCUGUGGGUGCUCUUCUAGUGUAUGAUAUUGCCAAAUACUCCACGUAUGAGCACGUUCACGUCUGGUUAAAAGAACUUCAGGAUAAUGGGGACAAUAAUAUUGUUACCAUGCUAGUUGGGAAUAAGUGUGAUCUGCGCCAUCUUCGCACUGUUCCAACGCAGGAAGCAAAGGCUUUCGCAGAAAGCAAAGGACUUCACUUCAUCGAGACGUCUGCCUUAGACUCGACAAACGUUGACGAAGCUUAUAUUUUCUUGCUUCAACAAAUUACAAGAUUGGUUGCUUCUUCAACUCCAAAAAUGGAAAGUUCAGUCCCAAUUGGUGGAAGACCUGUGAUUCCACUGGAGAGCAAUCAUCCUCUUGAACCGAAGAAGGCCUGUUGUUCUGGAUUUUAA